AUGGCCGGCGUUAAGAUUCCUUCGCGGCUCUCUACCACCACUUCAGGGGGAUAUAAUCCCGCCGAUCAGGGUGGUCAGCAGGGCGAAAGUCGUGCUUGUCUGGGUCUUUCCACGACGGUCCAGGUGGAAUGGACAACAGAAGAGGAGGCCAAGCCAGAUGUGCCUCAUACGCCUGUAAAGACUUCAGCGCCAAUGCUUAGGGCUGGUCUGGUCGAUUUGGCCAGACCUGGUUCUACAAAUAGCCACGUCUCGAUCUCCAACUGCGUUUGGUUCACCAAUAGAUCUAUGGGAGGCUUGAACGAGAAGCGCAUGCGGAUAUACGGCAGUGGGCGCACUCGGACGAGUCGGGCAAGCAACUUCAAAUGGAAACAGUCUUCCAACCUCGGUAGGAGACAGAAGAGCAGCAAGCUAGACAGAAACGUCAAGAUCCCUCAAGGUUCAGGUCUUUGA